AUGGUGAGGUCCGUCUGUCAUAAGUCGACCAGACAGUCACCGCUGAUCUGGACUUUCGCUAUUCCUUCUCCUUAUCCUACAUUCCUGGAGAAACUCAAGGAAUACUCAUUCCUUUCUUCAGAAGAUCGAGAAAGUUGGGCAGAGCUGUGUUCAAGGACGGCACAUCUCGGCGAAGAUGCGGAUAAUCGCGUCAGGCGACGACAUCAGCCCGCCGAUUACGCCAGUAAGUCAUAUGUAUGA